AUGACUGAACCUUUGUACUCCGACUUCAAUGGCCCCAAUGCCGAAAGUAACAGCCAAGCAUUGCUUCGUGGUCUCUAUGAAGGCGAGACAGCGGAUCCUUACCUGGUGUCAUUCCUGGACCAUUGCCAACGGCCGGAGGGCUUGGAAGACCAACCCCUGAAAGUGGAUCUGGAGGACCAUGUUAGCUUCUGGCAAACCAGGCGAGAUUCGGGUGGACCUCAUGAGCUCGAUCCAAAUGAUGAAUUCGGAGCUGCAGGCCAACAACAAGAGAGUGGGGAAGUGGGCCAUGGCCUAUGCAGAGCAGCACAACUUGAUCCCAAAGGGCGUCACCAGGCCAUUGAUCUGGCCCUGACGAAGCAUCUCACUUGGGACCUCUUGCAUCUUCAACGCCGCCCGGCCGGGUGGAUCUUUAACAAUGCCAAGUCCUGCUUUGACCGGAUUGUUCACAGGGUGGCAAUCAUAAGCCUCAUGCGCUUUGGGAUUCAAUGGCGGACCCUUCGCUCCAUGUUUGAUACACUGAUGAAGUCUAAACACCGGGUGCGCACGGGGUUUGGCGAUUCAGACCGUGUCUUUACCCCUCCGACCCUGAUUCCAUUUCAAGGAUGUGGACAAGGCAAUGGGGCAGGACCUCCUAUCUGGGUUGCAAUUAGCUCCAUUCUGUUGGGGAUGAUGAUUAGCAAAGGCUUUGGCUUUGACUUUCUGAUGUCAAUCUCUUGGGCUCCGCUCUUGGCCGAUUGCUUUUGUUUCGUCGAUGACACUGAUGUCUGCCAAGCGGCACCGUCUCCUGAUCAGUCUAGGGAAUCUAUCGUCCCAGAGGUGGCCAACGCACUGCAAUGGUGGUCCCACGGCGUCCGCCUGACUAGUGGCGCAUCCGACCAGAUAAAUCCUUUUGGUAUCUGA